CUUUUCAACGGCAUCGUAAAUAAAAUCUACGAAAUACCAACCGAUAACUGUAGAAUACAACUAGCCGGAGGGAAGCUUGGGGGCUGCUGCAAUGGCGGCGUUAACGAAGCAUAUCCAUACUCACUUCUUCCAACCUCUUUUCGCUUCCUUCAAUUUUCAGUCGCGCAGUCAUCGUUCUCCCACACGAAUCUCGCCGACUUUAUCCUUUCGUAACUCUGAUUCUCACUUUAUUGAAGCUCUGAAACUCGUUGAUGAAUUCGACCCCGAAAUUCCCUUGGAGAAGGCCGUCACUCCACCCAGCUCCUGGUACACCGAUCCUUCAUUUUUCGCUCUCGAGCUCGAUCGUGUCUUCCACAGAGGAUGGCAGGCCGUAGGAUACGUUGAACAGUUAAAAGAUCCCCAUGACUUUUUCACAGGCAGGUUGGGAAAUGUAGAAUACGUUGUCUGCAAAGAUAAUAACAAGAAGGUUCGUGCAUUUCACAAUGUCUGCCGCCAUCAUGCCUCACUUCUUGCAUCUGGAUGUGGGAAGAAGUCCUGCUUUGUGUGCCCAUAUCAUGGAUGGACAUAUGGGUUGGAUGGAGGGCUGCUUAAGGCGACUAGAAUAAAUGGAAUACAGAACUUUGAUGUAAAUGAUUUUGGGCUCGUACCGUUACCCGUAGCGACAUGGGGGCCGUUCGUUCUUCUCAAUAUGGAUGAAAAAUUAUCAUCUGAGCUGGUUGUUGAUGAAGAUAAAGUGGCAUAUGAAUGGCUGGGAAGCUGUGCAGAUUUGCUGAGUUUAAAUGGAGUUGAUGCUUCUUUAAGUUUUGUCUGUCGACGUGAAUACACCAUUGAAUGUAAUUGGAAGGUUUUUUGUGACAACUACUUAGACGGAGGGUAUCACGUCCCGUAUGCACACAAAGGGCUUGCAUCAAAUCUCAAGCUCGAGUCGUAUUCUACAGAAAUAUUUGAAGCUGUUAGUAUUCAAAGUUGUAAGGGUGGGGGAGAAUCAAAAGGCGAUGAUUAUGGUCGACUUGGACCAGAAGCACUAUAUGCUUUUGUAUACCCAAACUUCAUGAUAAAUAGGUACUUCUUGGAUACAUCAACAUAUCUGGCUCUUUGGCUAUUUAUGUUUCGAGACGUUUUUUUGCUGAUGUUCGUCUCGUCGUUUUCCGGGUUAUAUAACAGAUAUGGACCUUGGAUGGACACUAAUCUAGUACUCCCACUCGGACCUCAAAAAUGUCUAGUGGUUUUCGAUUAUUUUCUCGAAACCCCUUUUAAGAAUGACGAAUCAUUUAUACAACAAAGUUUAGAAGACAGUGAAAGUGUGCAGAUUGAAGACAUUAUUCUGUGUGAAGGUGUUCAAAAGGGUCUCGAGUCGCCUGCUUACAAGUUCGGUCGAUAUGCUCCUUCGGUCGAGAAUGCAAUGCACCAUUUCCAUCGUCUUCUUCAUCUUAACCUCACAAAAUAAUUGUCCUAUAAUUAUUAAUUUGUACUCAUAAGUUAUUGUAUCUUUUCUCAACGUUUUCAUUUUAACUCCUUACCAUAUGAUUACCCGACAUCGGGAUGUUCUGACGGUAGUGUGAAUAGAAAGUUAUUCGAUUUCAAUUGUCUGACUCGGAACACACGUUGACUUAUAAUUGUUAUAACUUCA